UCAUGCUGCUGCCAGGUCCAGAGUCUCUCAUGGGUCCCUGUACGGCCUCCCAUUGCUGCUGUCUCCAUCGCCACACUCUGCCAUGUGCCACUUUCAGGUCUCCUCACACUGCUGGUGUGUUGAAUUUUUUGACAUAGGGUGCUGGCAGAUUACGGGCCUCCCAUAGCUGCUGCCAGGCCCCUAAUCUGCCAUGGGCCCCUAUAUACCCGCCUCCUCAUGCUGCUGCCAAGUCCAGAGUCUCUCAUGGGUCCCUGUACGGCCUCCCAUUGCUGCUGUCUCCAUCGCCACACUCUGCCAUGUGCCACUUUCAGGUCUCCUCACACUGCUGGUGUGUAGAAUUUUUUGAC